CGGGGAAGGGAUGUGAGACAGAGAUCUGUGCUAUCUGCGAUUAUAAGCGUUCAUCUGCGACUCGCGUUUUGCUAUCAGCAUCAUUACCAAGCCGCGACUCAAUCGAAACAGACCUCGUUUGUGAUGUAUCCGCAACUGGAAACGGAGUCAGAGCAGGACGAAAGAGCGACCAAGGUGCGUCUGCUCACCUCGAAUAGCAAUUGCAAUCCGAAGGCAAUUGCCAGUGACAAAGAUGCCCAAAAAGCACAGCCACCGCCCAGCAAAUGGAGACGCGCCCUGUUGCGUCAUGUGCCCGUCUUUCAAUGGCUGCCCGCCUACAACAUGGAGUGGGGCAUCGAUGACUUUAUCUCGGGCAUCACACUCGGUCUAACCAUCAUACCCGAGAGCAUAGCGUGUGCUCUUCUCGCUGGUCUUCCGGCUCGCUACGGCCUCUGCUCGGCAUUCAUAGGACCGCUGAUCUAUCUGAUCUUCGGCUCAAUUGAUAAGGUCAUCAUUGGACCCACGAGCCUCGUGGCUUUGGUCAGCGUCCAGUUCACCGUGGGGCGGCCCAUUGAGUUUGCCUUUCUGCUCACCUUCCUCAGUGGCAUUGUGCAGAUCAUAAUGGGUGCAAUGCGAAUGGGCUUCAUCUUUGAGUUCAUUUCGAUGCCCGUGAUCAAAGCCUUCUCCUCGGCGACUGCGAUUCUAGUCAUCGAGUCCCAGGUCAAAGUGCUCCUGGGCAUCAAGUACUUAGUUCCGGGUCUCGUGAACUCUGUCCGCACUCUCAGCUCCCGUAUCCACGAAGCCAACAUUGGCGAUCUAAUCAUGGGCAUUUGUGCGAUUAUUUUCCUACUACUGCUCGAGCUGUUGGAGCGUGUGGCACGCAAUCAGAAACGUGGCAAGGCUCUGCGCAUCUGUUGUCGCUAUUUGUCCACAUCGAGGAACACACUCAUCGUCUUCAUUGCCGCAAUUGUCUCGUACACUUGGCUGGGCUAUAGAGAGAACCUUCCCUAUGCCCUCAGCUCGAAUGCUCUCUCCAGUCUGCCCAACUUCACUGUGCCCAGCUUGACUAUCGAAACACCCGGACGCACUUACAGCUUCUGGCAGGUUUUGAGUGAACUCAACGUCGGCAUUAUUGUCAUACCCAUUGUGGGCAUUCUGACAAACAUCUCGAUUGGCAAGCUAACUCCCAAGGGACUGGUGGACACCAAUCACGAGCUGCUCACAGUUGGCCUGUGCAACAUGUUUGGCUCCUGCGUUCAGGCAAUGCCUUCAUCUGGGGCAUUUACGCGCUACGCCAUCAGCACAGCCUGUGGCCUGAAGACUCCUAUGGCCAACUUGUAUCUGGGUGUCAUUGUGCUGCUGGCGCUGAGUUAUCUGAGUCCCUACUUUAACUAUAUACCAGAAGCGACGCUGGCGGCGAUUCUGAUUUGUUCGAUCUUCACAUUGCUGGACUUCAAGUUGCCGAUGCGGCUGUGGAAAGAGUCAAAGCGGGACUUUGGCAUCUGGCUGCUCUGCUUCUGUGUGUGCGUGCUCUUCGGCGUGGAAGUCGGACUCUUUGUGAGCAUCAUUGUGACCGCAUUGCAUCUACUCUUCCUCUGGGCGCGUCCAGAGAUUCUAGUGAAGAUCGAGGAGCUGGAUGAGAUGCAAUACAUCUCUGUGGUGCCGGGCAAUGGAAUCUACUUCCCAGCCAUCAAUCAUCUGCGUGGUCUGGUGCUCAAGGCCUGCACCCAAGCGGAGUUUAAGAUCACGGUGGUCAUCGAUGGCCAUAAGAUAACUGGAUUGGAUUACACAGCAGCUCAGGGCAUCUCGAAGCUGUCGAGUGACUUGUGUCGCCAAUCGGAUGCAUCGAGUUCAACGCUCUUGAUACUCUACAGAUUUCCAGCGCAUUUGCAGCAUCUCAUCGAUGUGACGGACAAUCUGGUGUUCUGCGAGAAUGAGGCGAAAGUCAAGGAGUUUCUUACACAGGAAUCACUGCGCAAUGGUUACAUCAAUCUGAAAGAGCACAUACGUGCCUCCAUUGAUCUGGGCUAUAAGAUUGACAUCGAAUAGCAGAAAGGGGGUCAAAAGUCACUCAGUUCUAGUUAAUUAUUUAUUGAAAACUACGUUUGUUGUUCCUCAGUUUCCGCUUCCAAAAAGUCUCAAAAUAUAUACGAGUAUG